AUGAAAGGAGCGGUGCCGGCCCGCCGACCGACUGCGAGUCCAUUGAUGGAUGAGGAGAGGGAAAAGGAAUUGCUGGUGAUGUCAGCGGCUGACAUUAUACACGGGACUAAUGGCUUGGUGUGGCGCACCGCUGACAUCAGGAUGAGGAGCGACCAGUGCGCGUCUUUUGAGGUCGGCUUCGUGUUCAAGACUCUGGAGGAUACCUAUAGAAAAAUGCUGGACCUAUACAAUACGACAAUGGAGAUACGCAAGAACAAUACCGAAGUGCGCACCUUGGACCACAUGAUGUUCUUGCAGAAAUUUGAGAAGCUGCACUGGCGGAUAUACCACCUACACAACAUGUUGCAUGAAGUCGAGAACAAAUACAAGAUGGAUGCCACCAUCAACGCAUCGGGCGUGUUUCAGGAUGGGAAGCGCUGGACGCGCACCACCAAAGACAAAUCGCGCAAGACCAGGACGUACACUUGGAGCAAGCGUACCACCAGCUGGUGGCGACCGCUGGAAUACGGCUGGAAUACCGACUACUUCUACUGGUAACGUCAAACCGACCUGACCUGCCACCACGUAAGA